AUGGAUAUCGACAAAUCACUCGACGAGAUCAUCCAAGCUAAGCCCAAGUUGAGGAGAGGUGGCAAGCGAGGCGGUGGUGCUCCUACAUCUGCCCGUGCUCGAUACGCUUCUGCCGUACCCAAAGCCGCUGCUCAAGCUGCCGCUCCAGCUAAACCUCUCACCGCCGAGGCCAUCAAGAUCAUCAUUAGUAACCUUCCUCAAGAUGUAACGGAAGCUGCUGUCAGAGACCUCAUGCAAUCCACCGUCGGUCCCGUACGAACCGUACAAAUGUCAUACAAUGCUACUGGUAAAAGCACCGGUGUCGCCACGGUAGUGUUCAAGAACAGAGGAGACGCCAACAAGGCUCACGCUGCUUGUGAGUGA